AUGAUAGCUGUCGAAAGCCUCCACUCUCUUCUGGAAUCGAUCCGUAAGGCACGCCUACGAUCAUCAUUGGUAGAGACUGACAAUGACAGGCAAAACUGGAGAUGCACCUUGUGUUUGAGCGAUAGUGGAGCGCGCAAGAAUCUCAGCCUAUUUUCGGCACCGGCGUCAACCAGCCACUCUAUAGUGAGAGACAUAUUCAAGCCAAGAUAUGCUCAACCGGCUCCACGUACUGCGUCGUCAAAUCGUCUUCUCGAGAACAAGUCCGACACGCAUGCUGAACCUGAGCCUGCUCGACUUACUACAAAAGCCACCACUGCUGACAAACUUAUCAAACCUAAGAAGGCCCCUGGCCCCUCUCAACCGCUUGUACCAAAGCCGAUCAAGCGCACGGAGAUCUCCAACACACCAUCACAAGGCUCAAGUCAGACUGACAGCUCCAUACCUGAGAAAUCAUUCAGACACCUUCGCAGAGAUCAGAUCUCCCAACAAUCCCUCCAUACGCAAGAUGAUGAAAAUGCCUUGCCUCUGGACACCUCAGUUCACGUCGUAAUGUCGACUCCUUCGAUGACUCUUUGUUCGACUUGUCAAAAGCAGGGUGAUUUGGCCAAGUCUGCGGAGAUUGGUGUUCAGUGUUCUAGCUGUCGAAUCAGCACACGUUUCGCUGAGACAGGAAGGCUAGAGAUACCCGAGACUCCGGACAUAAACACUAUCCGUAAGCCCUCACUCUUGCCAUCGAGCUCGGCAAGUUCGAUUGCUCAUAUUGCAGCUCCGACCGUGGAUGAUCCUGUAUCGAGUAUGGCUUCUUCAGUACAAAACUCAGCCAGAUCAGAAGCCGAGCUUGACUUGCCAACGGUCGAGGCGAGCCCUUUGUCCUGGUUCGAUCCAGAACAAGUGAACAUCUUACCGGAAGUCAAGAAGGUUCGUGAUAACGAAUUGUCCUGUAAAUUUGCCGCAGACAUCCAAGCUACGGAUACCGCAUCCACAUCUCAUGAGACCUCUCUUGAGCAAAGCAAGGCCCUGGAAAUGCGUCCGAUUGCUGAUAUCAGUGAAAAGAAGACUACUCUAGAAGUGGAGCAGGUAUUGCAAGGGGAUCAAGUUUGCGACAACGAUCCAUUGCCACAAGUCGAUAUGCAACGUGAGAACUGUACUCCAUCUACUGAUAAUUCGAACCAUGAUGAACCCUCGAGGACCCAUGAGCCUGACACCGCCAAUGACACUUCACCCGGCAAAUCAGAUAUACUGGGAGACAGUGAACCUCGAAAGCCAGCAGCCAUUGUCGUUGGGCCUCUCGAAUUGAGCUUAGAUGUUAUACCCCAGCAACCUUGUGCUGAACGUACGACGGAUCGGGUUGUUCCUAUAUUAUCUGCAGAAGAACAAGCACCAACAGUCUUAGAGUCGAGAGGAACGACUGAAGGUGUCCCUGUCCCCCCAGUCCUAAGCGUCUCAGUGAGCCCGACUCCGGCAAGCACAGGUUCGCCGACACUUAACGAACGUCUCAACAAUCGCGAUUUGGCCAGGAUAGCACUGGUAUGUGCGAAGGGCACAGGUUUGACUGCCUUGCAGGUCAUCGACUGGUUGGCUUCAGAAUUUCCUCACUUGCAAAAGGGUCAGGGUGGUUGGGAGAAGACUAUCAAGUCUGUGCUUUCUCUUCUACCUGAAAUCCAUGGCGUGAGGUCUCCGCGCCAACCAGUUUUGUACAGCUUCGCCAGUGCAGCUCUUAGAGCAAAGUACGAGAAACAAUAUCGAGGCUACCUUCAACCAAUCCCAGUAUCAGGAUCUCAUGGUAGUAAAUAUAAGGCCAGAAAGAGCGUACGACAACAGCACGAAGCAGAUACUGUUAGCCAACAGCAGCAUGUCCAGAUUAGACCACCUGCUCAGACCGAGAGAACUGCUUCAAAAGCUAUCAAGAGUGCACCAAGUCGCCGAAAUGUUACGGCCCACGGCUCUACUCUACUACCUCUGGUUCUUGAGGGAACACUUUCCCACGACCCUGUGUCAGCGCCUGCGAUCGAGCCUGUUGAAAUCGACACGUCAGCAGCCAAUCUCGACGGCGAAAAGUCACCAUCAGCCCCGUCGGUCUUUGGACCCAGGGUUCAGAAUGCCGAAGCAGACAAAGUCAAGAUUACUUCAAAUUAUGACGACUUGUUUCACCCGUUCGAGCGCGCUGUUGCGUCUCGUCCGAAUAUUGCGCUUUCUGAUGAUUUAGAGACCAAACGUGGAACGAGCUUACGCAGUAUCUAUCCGCGCACUGUAACGCCUACAAUUGAGACCAUGACUGCAGAAGAAAAAGCUGCAAAGAUUGCAGAGAUCAAAACGAGGCCGAAACGGAAACAGUUCUUCGGCUCACUCUAUCGUCUGGCACACGUGCGAAGAUAUGGGCGGCAGGAUAUUCAUGACCAGAGUGACGGGGCAUGGAAGCCCAACUCCAUGACAGGGAGGUUGAUGGGUGAACAAGAUUCCGCUGCCAUGAAUGAAUGUGGUGAAAACCGAUCUUUGUUACAAGUCUUUAAUCUGCCGAGUAAUGCUAUCCCUAUGAACGACGGCAAGGAGCUGGCUUUCCGAGACGGGACAUUGGUGAAUGGCCGACUGCCUCGGCCGCGGCAAGUAUAUCGAGUUGGCAAAGCGUUUGGAAGCGAACUUACGAUCAGAUGA